AUGCAGUAUUCCGGCAAGCGAGGAAGAAGUGAUAAAUUAGUAUUUGGUUGUGAUAGAGGUGGAAAAUACAAAAAAACAGAUAGCGAAACCCAAAGUGCUAGUAAGAGAUGUGGUUGUCCUUUCAAAAUUAGGUCAACACCAUCGAAAGAUGGUUCUGGAUGGAAGAUCGAUGUAAAAUGCGGAGUACACAACCACGGCUUACCUGAUAGAUUUGAAGGUCAUGCUUUCGUAAGUCGACUAAAUACAGAUGAUAAGCAACAUAUUGUUGAUUUGACAAAACGCCAUGUUCCACCAAGACACAUAUUAUUGUCAUUGCAAGAGCGUGACCCGGAGAAUGUCACUCGGAUCACGCAAAUAUACAAACAUAAGAGUAAGAUACAAAAAGACAUAAGGGGUCCUAGAACAGAAAUGCAACAAUUGCUCAAGUUGGUUGAAGAAUCAGGUUAUGUUUACUGGAGUAGGAAAAAGGAUGAGUCAGAAGUUGUGAGAGAUAUUUUUUGGGCACAUCCAGAAUCAGUGAAGUUGUUGAAUAUGUUUCCUAUUGUAUUGAUUAUGUUAGAGAAUAGCUUAGGUGAUUUAUGCAAAUGUUGGGAGGCUAUGAAUGACAAUAUCAAGAUACAAGUGGGCAACAUUAGAGCUUCAUUUCAUAAGAGUUUUUAUGAAGUUGAGCAUGCACAUACUAGUCCUUUUUAUUCAAAUUUGCGUGGUUCAGUAUCAAAAGCUGCAUUGAGGCAGAUUGCUGAAGAGUGGUUGAGGAUUGACAUGGUGGGUACCGAUACGCAAAAGUGUGGAUGUACUCAUAGAAAAGUAUAUGGGUUACCAUGUGCUUGUGAGUUAGGGAGAUAUACAUUGAGUGGUGAUGCGAUACCAAUUGAGGCUAUUCAUAUUCAUUGGAGGAAACUAAGUAUGGAAGGAAAUCAAGAUAUAGAUGCAGAUGAUGGAUCAGAAAUAGACAUGACAAAUGCAAUCGAUGAAAUUUGGAAAAUGUGGAGGUCAUUAGAUGUUGUCGAAAAAAGAGCAUUAAAAAGCAGAGUGUGUGAGAUUGCUUAUCCAACUACAACAAAGAUGUGUCCACCGCCUGAAAAAAUUAAAACCAAAGGAGGGGUUAAGAAAAAAGGGAAGAGACCUGUGGGAUAUGAUGUUUAUCGUGAUCCUUCAGGAUAUGAGUAUGUUGAUCAAGCACAUUUGAAUUACAUCAGACCAUUUAUUGAUGACAUUGUUGAUGUAAGAGAUGAUGGAAAUUGUGGGUUUAGAGCCAUUGCAUCUUUGCAUGGUUAUGGCACAGAUGGAUGGUCAAUGGUUCGUCGGGAUUUGGAGAAAGAAAUUAUAGGUCCUAGAAGCAAGUUGUAUGAGGAUUUAUUUGGUGAACGCCUUCCAACAGUGAGAUCAUCGUUGGUGAUAGAAACUUUAGGACAACAACCACCAAAUAAAUGGAUGACGUUACCUGAGUUAGGCUAUCUAAUAGCUAAUCGGUAUAACGUUGUUCUCGUCUCUUUAGGUCACCCUAGUUUGAGUUACUUUCCUAUGACGAGUGCACAUUCACCUAAUGCAUCCAUUUACUGCAUCGGAUUUGUCAAUGGAAAUCAUUGGGUUCAGGUAAACAUGAAUGAAGGAUUCCCGUUUUCACCUGUCACAAAUGAAUGGAAGAAAUAUCGCACAAAAGAUGCGACUUCUUGGAUGGAAGGAUUUGCCGGGCGGUUACAACAUUGGCAACGGCUUAUGCCUAUACUGCCAAAAUAUGUCAGCUUAGAUUGA